AUGACGACCCAUAGGAAGGUUUGGAGCGAGGAGAAAAAUCGGUUGCCACAGCUAGAAUGUGUCAUCCUCAAAUACAAUGCGGGCGGCAACACAUUCCAUGCCUCGACAUCGCAUGCCCCUCCAGAAGUUCCCCCAGAAGUACCCAUUGACGUGCCACCACUAGCAACUCAAGUACCACCCGUACCAGAGGAAGGCCAAGGCGACACAGAAGAAUUCCUCAGCUCCUUCUCCUUUUCAACCUCUGGACGCAGUAAUGAUACUUCACCCCACUUCUUCACCGAUGAAGAUUUUACUCCAGCACCGCCGCAACCUACGCAGCAUCCCAUUCCGUCCCCUGUCAGUCAAGCUACACCAGUCCCAACAGUAGUUCCUAGCCCAGUACCAGUUCUAGUACAACCAACUACUACUGCCGAGCAGUCAACUCCAACACGAGCCUCAUCCAGCAAGAAGCGCUACAAGAGAACCGCAUGCCGUAUACUUCAGCCAUGUCCCUCACUAGCAGUAGUAGACUCGGGAUCCGAGAGUCCCUCUCCUCCCAAACGAGGGUGUCCAACCAAGCCACCCCAUCACAGUGAGUUUCUAUUUUACUUUUAG